AUGAAGGACAUCAUCUUCUUGCUGCUCCUAUUGCACUUACAGAGGGGCAGCAUUGGAUUUAACACACCAGGAAAGCUCUGGACCACAGCCCAGGGUGGUGAAAGCCAGACAAGACACUCAGACUUGACUCCAUCUCCAUCCACAAUUGUGGGGUCACCCCAUUCUGAGAUCCAAGCUGCCAAAGUGAGUGCCUCACAGGCACCUCCUUUUGCAUCUUCAGGCAAGACUCUGGGAAUGAAAGCCGUGAAGAAAACCUCCAAUCCUACAACCUUUAACCCUGCAAGCCAGUCAAAUGGACACAGUGAUGGUGACUCUGAGAAAAAUAACACAGCAAGCUCAUCUAGCAGCAAAGGGACAUCUCUACAGAGCAAUGCUAGAGAGGUCCCUCUCCAGCAAGAGGUCACUACAAGCCAGGAUACAGCUACAGGGAACAGAUCUCUCAAGCAGUCAUUGCCCAGCACUGGUAUCACCAGCACCCAGAAGGAUGGCAACUCCAAAACAUCAGGCUUGGAAACUACCAGGGGAAAAAACUGGUGUGCCUAUAUCCAUAGCAGACUCUUGCCUACAGUGGUAGUGGACAACGUGGAAACCUUCUCAUCAGGCAGAGCGAAGCCUUGCACUUGGCAUAUUGGAUCCUGUGCUCAGAGGUCCCAGACAACAACACACCAAGCCUACAGAAUCAAACAUAAAAUACUAACAUCACUGGAGUGGAAGUGCUGUCCUGGGUACAGUGGGCAAAACUGCCAACCCAAAGCUCAAGAACAACAAUCACUUAUACACAGCAACCUGGAUGAAAGCAGCAGAACUGUCAGCGAGAGGACACCAGGAACUCCUCAGGACCCCAGUGGGCCAGCACUUACACAAAAAAUGAAUGAGAAGAUUAGCAGCCAGGAGAUGAAACUGACUUUUCUACAGAAGAAGGUUGACAGCAUUGCUUCUGCGAUGAAUGAUGUGAGCAAGAUGCUUUCUUCUCUGGAAGGCAAAAUCAAUGAAGAUAAGGGCAAAGACUUCCAGUCUUUUCUAAAAGGUCUCAAAUCCAGAAACAUUAAUGAAUUAGUCAAAGACCUUGUCAAAGAGCACUUUAAAGCAUUUCAAGGUGAAAUGCAAGAGAGCAUGGCUCAAAUUUUCAAGGCUGUGUCUAGUUUGUCAGAUGAUCUUGAAAAUACAAAAGAAUUAGUCAAGCGUCUGAAUGAAACCCAACAAAAAUUUGCUCAGGAGAAAGACAGUGGGCCAACAAAGCUUGACAUUCUGGAGCUAAAGAGUCAUAUGGUGCAGAUGAAAGAGGAAAUGACCCUCACUUGUGACAAGCCUAUGAAAGCUUUACAAGAAAAGCAGAAAUCCUUGGAAGAUAACUUGGAGCAUCAACAAUCAAGAAGUGUCAUUUAUUAUGAAUCUUUAAAUAGGAGUCUUACUGAAAUGAAAGGUGCUCAUGAACAGCUAUUAUUAGCUGAACUGUCUUCAAGCCAAAACAUCCCUUCAGCAGAUAAAGUCACGGAGUACAAUGUUACAGAGUACAUGUUCACAUUGCAUGAGAAAGUAAAGAAACAAGGCAUGAUGGUGCUGCAGAUCUAUGAUGACCUAAGGGUCCAAGAUAGCAAGAUCAGCAAUCUCAGUGUUGCACUGGAAAUUCAGAGGCAGUCUGUUCUGGGGGUCUGUGAUAACAUGUUGUCAGAGAGCAGAAGGGAUUUCCAAACACAGCUGGCAGCAGCUCAAGAGAAUGUGCUUGUCCUAAACAAAAGUCUCUCUGACCUGGUUCUUCCAUUGGACAAUAAGAUGGACAAAAUGAAUGAGCAAAUUAAUGAUUUGUGCUAUGAUAUGGAGAUCCUUCAACCCUUGAUUGAACAAGGGGUUCCUUUUAGUCUGACUUCAGAGUAUGAGCAACAAAUCAAAACUGAAGAAAUCAGUGAGAAGCUUGAAAACCUCACUACUGUCAUUAACAGAAUGAGUUCUGCAAUCAAGGAGCUUUCCAAAACUCAAGAAGGACUUGAAAAUGAAUCUCAAGCUUAUCAGGAACUGUUUGAGAGUCGUGUUAAUGAGUGCUCCAUGGAACUAGAAGAUGGGUUAAACAAGACCAUGACAGUAAUAAACAGUGCUAUCGAUUCUAUUCAAGAUAACUAUGUACUGAAAGAUAUGCUACGUGUUCUAAGAAAUGAGACUGAUGUCUGCUGUGGCAGAGCUGAGAAACUGGUCAGCCUCCUGGCUUUCAUUCCCCAAUUCCAACAGUUGAAUGAAUCCCUCCAGACACUGCUCCUUGGUAAGAAGUAUGAGUUCACUUCACAAGUAGUGCCACCCCUUUCUGAUCUUCCAUACGAGGAGUCUGACAAAAGUAUCCUCCACAAUUUCAGAAGAGUUUUCUAUAUUUUAAAUGAUACAUUCUCAAAAGUGGACAAUCAACAACAAGAUAUCAGCCACCUGAAAGAAAAACUAUUUGACUCUGUGGAGGAAUCAAGGGACCAUGAGGUUCGCCUUCUGAAUGUGGAGUCAAAAAUUUCCAAGUUUUUGGCAAACAACUGUGUCCCACUGAAAAAAACCAAAGCUGCCUCGACAGAGAAAGAACUAGUGGUCUCACUUCAGCUCCAGACGCUGAGUUCCAGGAUCAAGGCCCUGGAAGCCAAGUCGAUCCACUUCUCAAACACCAUUCCAUUCCUGAACAAGACUGCUCAUGAGGCCUGGGGGCUGUGUCAGGAUACAAACAACAGCAUCCAAAAAGUGAAUGCGAGUAUACCUCUGCUAAUGAAACCUGCUCAGCCAGAUAUCCACCUGCUGCAGAGAGGCCUCAAAGAGCUCAUUGAAUCUGUGCUUGAAAUAAAAGCAGGAACCAUCUUGACAAAUUUAACCCAGCGUGUUGAUGUAUCGGUGGCAAAUGCAAUGAACAACAUCACCAAACUUCAGAAGCAGGUGAAACCGGUUAUAAAGAAACCAGCCCCAGCAAAAAAAGGAGCAGCAAAUGUAACCAUGGGCCUGGCAAGCCGAAGUCAGAGAAACACAGAUAAUACUAUAGAACCAGGGCAGUAUUCAGCUUGUGUCAGUUCCCCAUGCCACAAUGGAGGAACCUGUAUCAAUGACAGACAGAGUUUUAUUUGUGCUUGUCGCCACCCCUUUGGAGGAGUCAACUGCAGCACGAAGUUGGUGAACGACAAUUCUCUGAGUGUCGAUUUUUCAAAAGGAUCAUACAGAUAUGCACCUAUGGUGGCUUUUUUUGCCUCUCAUACGUAUGGAAUGAUGACUCCCGGACCCAUCAGGUUUAACAAUCUGGAUGUCAACUACGGAGCUUCAUUUGCCCCAGCAACCGGGAAGUUCCAUGUUCCAUAUCUGGGGGUCUAUGUUUUUGAAUAUACCAUUGAAUCAUCUAGUCCACGUGCCUCUGGCUAUCUGGUCAUUGAUGGAAUAGACAAACUCACUUUUCAGGCUGAAAAUAUUAAUAGUAACAAGUACACUGACAGAGUAAUUACUGGGAAUGCUUUAUUAGAGUUAAAUUAUGGUCAAGAAGUUUGGCUCAGGCUGACAACUGGCUCUAUACCAGCCAAGUAUCCACCAGUAACUACGUUUAGUGGUUACUUGUUAUAUCGUACCUAA